AUGCAAGCUGCUCUGGACGAGGUUGAGAAGCCAGCUAAAAGAGGGAAGAAAGCCAAUCCCAAGAAAGACACAACAGAAGGUCCCUCCUCUAAAUCGACCAAGUCCAAGAAAAGAAAAGGUGAAACAGAAAAGAAUGAUGAGCUGUUUGGUGAUAAGGAAGAGGAAGAGAAACAUGAAGUUUCUCCAAGGGGGAAUACACUUCCUCGGUCUCCAACUCCAGAGGAUGUUGUUAAUGAUUCUAUUCCUACUCCUCCUCCAUCUCCACCCAAGUCUACUGUUCAGGAUUCGCCUCCACCUCCACCUCCACCUCCACCUACAUCACAACCUUCCUAUACAAUUGAUCCACCACCGCCUGUCAGCUCUACUCCUAUCACUACUGCUCCAGUACCACCUCCUAUUUUUUCCCAAGCAACUUUCACCACUAAACCUACCAUUACCUCUACCAACGAUUCUUCAGUAAAAGUCAACACAUCUGAUGUGGGGGUGAAGACUGAAGAUCCUCCUAAAGUCACAAUCGAACCAAUUUCCCCACCUCCUUCCAGUGAGUCUAAUCUAGUUCUUGGAGGAGCCGAAUUUGAGUUUGAUUCUACUUACUACAGUCCAUACAGAAUCCCAAGUGAAGAGGAUGAAUCUGCUCUAGCGACCAAGCAGCAGAUAGACAGUGUUAAUGAAAAGCUUGAUGCACUGAUUAGGUCGUCUAAGAAGUGCAACGACGUUGUAAUGAAAGCCUUUCUGGAUACAGCUUUGCACCAGUAUCAUGAGUCCAUCGACAAAUGCACUGUCGCUUUGGAUGAUUCUACUUCUUUGUGCAAGAACACUACAACUGACGUCAAAAACCUUAUUCAUGAUUCCAAGGUUUUCCUUGAUUCUCUCAAGGGUCAUGCUGAGACAAACGCUGCUAAGGUGAAUGCAUUGGUUGCUUCCCUAUCCCAGUCUCUUCAAGGAGAACAAGCCAAAUUUGAGACUCUUCGUUCUGAUGUUUUUACUGAUAAAAAGACCUUUUUGGCGUCUGUUGAUUCUCGGUUAGACAAACUAAAUGCUGAUUUCCAGAAGGUUGAAAUUGCCAGAGCAGAAAGAGAGAUUUUGUUGUUAAAAACUGAGCGUGUGGUUUUUCGAAGCUGUGCUGGGGAUGUUCUUACUCAGCUGCACAAUGUGAUUCAAGCUCAUGACCCGAUUUUUACGCUUACCAUUCGAAAUCAUCUAACCUCCAAACUCCUUCAAGCAAUUGAACUCUUACGAGAAAUGAAGGGUGUUUCGGAGAGGAUGGCCACUCCACAACAAGGGGGAGAAGGUACUGUGAUGAUCCCUCCUCUUGUUAAACCGAAGGUGACUGUAAAAACUGAACCGAAGGAUAAUUUAGCUUCGGGUUCUGGUAAUAAAGAAAAGAAGAAACAUGUCAUUGGGGAAGAUAAUGAUAGUGAAGAAGAUCAAGAAACUAUAUCUGAGAUCCUGAAGCGAAAGAAAAGGGAUCAGGAGAUAGAUGAAAAUCUUCGAGUUGCAAAGGAAGAAGAAGAAAUAAGAGGAUGA